AUGAAUAAUAAAACAAUUGAAAAUGAAGACAACGAAAAAAUUCAACAAAAUAAGGGAAAAUUAGUGGAAAAUGAAGAAACGAAAGAAAAAAGUUUAGAUGAAAAUUUUCAAAAAAUUAAUCGUUCUAUGGAGAAAGGACGAACACCAUUUACGAUAUCGUUAGUGGAUUUACAAGAACGAAUUACUCAGCCAGUUUCUCGUAUUGUGGAGCCACAAAUGUCUGAUGCGAACCUCUUAUCGCCAACAUCUGAUCAAAGCGCCGAGCAGAAAAACAAUGAAACUGAAAAAAAAUUGCCAAAGACACCAGCAAUGCUAAGGGUUCGAAAUACUGCCGAUACAUUUUUUCAUUAUCGUUCACCUGUCGAUUUCAAACGCCCAGAUGGUUCCAUAGAUAAUCCUUGUCUUAAACAUUUCUUUUCUCGCAAUCCUCUUGCACCUCGAAUGCCUGGUACAUUGCAGAAUAGAUCAGAAAGACGAUCAUUUGGCGAUCUAAAAAAGAAACAUGGCAAAGAAAUGAUUGGACCUCAAAAAGAGAUUAUGAAAGUACUAGAAGACAAAGUGGCAGAAGCAGAAGAGGAAAUAGAAGAGAAAGGUGAAAAAGUAGAGUCCCAAAAAGAAGAACUGAAUGCAGAUGAAAUGUCGCUCGAAGAUGAAAAAACAAAAAAAGAUGAACAAUGA